AUGCUUGGAUCAAAAGUGGUGAUGAAGUACUAUGUGUUAAAAGAUACAGUGGCGGAGGAGGAGGCGGAGGAGGAGGAAGCAGAGAGGAAGCAGAGAGGUGGAGGAGGUGGCGGAGAGGAGGCGGAUGAGGAGGAGAAAGCGGAGGAAAAGGCGGCGGAGGAGGAGGAGGUGGAGGAAGCGGAGGAGGAGGAGAAGAAGGAGGAGGACCCAGAGGAGGUGGCGGCGGAGGAGGAGGAAGCGGAUAAGGAGGAGGUGGAGGUGAAGGAGGGGAAGGCGGAGGAGGAGGAGGCGGAGGAGGAAAAGGAGGAAGCGGGGGAGGAGGAGGAGGAAGCGGAGGAGGAGGAGAAGGAGGAGGCUGAGGAGGUGGCGGAGGAGACCAACAUGCCUCUUGAUAAAAAAUAUGAAAAAUGA